GCUAUGGGGACUACCGCAGGGGCAUCGUACAGCGUACAGUGUACAGGGCGAGUCGAUCCGUGGAUGAGCAGAGAGCGAGUGAAGGGCGGGAGGCUGAGGCUUUAAGAGUCGCCGCUGAAAAAACACACGAAAAUUCCCAGAAAACCAUCGGGCGCAGGCCAGAAGAUUAUGGCAUUUAAUUUGAAUUCACAUCCACCCAUUAACUGCUUCUUAUCUAAUCCCGCCAAUCGCUUCCCCUUUGGGCAUAGCCUCUGCUACGGUGCCAUGGGUGGGUGGUUUUAUUCAGUUAUCAUUGGCUGGCGACCACGCGACCCAGAUUUUACGGGCUGCAGUGACGUCGCUGCUUGUGGGUGGGGCGUAUGUCACGUGCCCUGUCGCGCCGCAAGAUUCCAAGAUUCUUCCAAGAUCUUCGCUUCAAGUUUCUCUGGCAGUUCUGCCUGCUGUGAAACGUUCGGAGGAACCUCGGCCCCCAUCUCUCCCCAUUGGCUGCUGCGCAAUCGUCGUGUUCCAAAGUUCCAUCGGUCGGCCUACCGAUGUCCGGUGUUUUGCCCUGUUGUCCCGACCUUUUCGUAGGCUGGCCGGCCCACCUACCCCUGGCGGUCACCGUUGGGCGUUAGCGUUGCUGCAGUGCCUCUACAGCUGCAUUCUCCCUCGAAUGCUAUCGAAAUUCGAAUUCUGUCACUUGCAAAAUCAAAUCUCUCAGUCCACAUCAUGGCCCACCCACCGUCGGUUUCCUUCGGCGGGCCGUGCCUUGCUGUUGCCAG